CACGAGGCCCCUCCUUGUUUUGAACUCUCACCACGUUCAGCAGACCUCCUACUGUAGGACCUCUUUUGUUUGACGUGUUCUCUUUUCUCUUUUCUCGACUGUUCUGCUAGACUUUGUGCAUAUACCAUACACUAUACAAUGCCGCCACCACCACGGAAUUUUAUCAUUGGGGUAGCCAGUGCCGUCGCUGGCGUUGCGUUGGCGCCUGUCAUUCUGCCCCCCGCUUUGGGUGUUGUCGGCUUCGGUGCAGCAGGUCCUGUCGCCGGCACACUCGCGGCUGCUAUCCAAAGCGGCAUUGGCAACGUCGCUGCUGGGAGUGCUUUUGCGGUGGCACAAUCUAUCGGGAUGGGAGGAGCUAUUCCAGCAGGAGUUUAUGCAGUUUCUGGGAUCGUUGGAGGGAUCGCAGGGUGGGCUGGUGGCUGGUUCGGUGGUCGGGAGUCGGUGUCGACGGAGGAGUAUGACCAGGAUGUUAAUACUGAUGUUUGGCUCGGUGAGAUUCCCAAACGACGCGACGCGAGGCCGCCUUUGGGGUGGGAUCUGAUUCCGUAUAGGCAACUUGCGCAAGUGCCCAGCGAUGCUAUGAAGAAGAAAUUGCAGGAACUGUUUGACAGCAUCGGCACAAAGAACCCGAUGCUCGUUGAAUACCGCGUGUCUCCCCAUGAAGGGCACGUACUUGGCAUACAUAUUCAUUCCUCCAUCUCUCCGCCACAUGAAGUUGCCCGAGUCUCGCUUCUCGAGAUCAGUCAUAUCCAUACUCCUGACCAUUUGCUGCAUGUCGUGCUGGCACCCCAGGACUGUAAACAAGUUAUCGAGAAGGGAUGGGGUGAGCGGCCGCAUCCAUUUAGCGGCGCUAGGAGGGACAUCAGUUUACCGAAAGAAUACCUGAUAAUUUAUGGGCCUCGAGAUGACGAAGAGCUUGCCGUCAUCGAGUGUAUCCUCAAAGCGGGUGUUGGGUAUAUGACUAAUAGUCGUGAGGUUGUUUGAAGCAGUCGAUGGAUGUAGUCAUAACAGGUGGUAACUUGGUCAUUAUUUUCAAUGUGUACAGUUUCUGAGUUUGAAUGUAUGUUCUACUUCUUCAUCCAUGUCGGUCUAAUGUCACCCCCUUUCAAACAACUCCGGCCAAAUAAGACGCCUCUGGAGGACAACGUAGAAAUCGAGAGAAGAUCAGUAUGUAUCUGCCUCCUUUCUGAGCUCCGCGCACUUGCUCAAGAUACCUACAGGAACGCAUCGCCGGAUCUCAGUAAAAUCCUAC